CAGCGGGGCGGACAGCGGCAGCGCGGAACCCGGGCGGGGCGAGCGGAGGGGGCGGCAGCCGCGGCGGGCGGGCGGAGCGCGGUGCGUGUGCGCGGCCCGGCCCCGGCUCAUUACUCAGCGGCCGAGGCAGGAGGCGGCGGCAGCGGGAGGCGGCCAGAAGCAAAAUCUGAAUGAAGCAAUCUAACUGAGUUGCCGCCAUGAGCAGAAGCAAGCGUGACAACAAUUUCUACAGUGUUGAAAUUGGAGACUCUACUUUCACUGUAUUGAAGCGGUAUCAAAACUUAAAACCAAUAGGAUCAGGAGCACAAGGGAUAGUAUGUGCAGCUUAUGAUGCCAUCCUCGAACGAAAUGUUGCAAUCAAGAAGUUAAGCCGACCAUUUCAAAACCAAACCCACGCGAAAAGAGCCUACAGAGAGCUUGUUCUUAUGAAGUGCGUUAAUCACAAAAAUAUAAUCGGCCUACUGAAUGUGUUCACACCACAAAAAUCCCUGGAAGAAUUUCAAGACGUCUACAUAGUGAUGGAGCUCAUGGAUGCAAACCUCUGCCAAGUGAUUCAGAUGGAGCUAGAUCAUGAACGAAUGUCCUAUCUUCUUUAUCAAAUGCUGUGUGGUAUCAAACAUCUUCAUUCAGCUGGAAUUAUACAUAGGGAUUUAAAGCCCAGUAAUAUAGUAGUAAAGUCAGACUGCACUUUGAAGAUUCUUGACUUUGGACUGGCCAGAACUGCAGGAACUAGUUUUAUGAUGACGCCUUAUGUAGUGACUCGUUACUACAGAGCACCAGAGGUCAUCCUAGGGAUGGGAUACAAAGAAAACGUGGAUUUAUGGUCUGUGGGGUGCAUUAUGGGCGAAAUGGUUUGCCACAAAAUCCUCUUUCCAGGAAGGGACUAUAUUGAUCAAUGGAAUAAAGUUAUAGAGCAGCUAGGAACACCAUGCCCCGAAUUUAUGAAGAAAUUACAGCCUACAGUCCGAACUUACGUGGAGAACAGACCUAAAUAUGCUGGAUAUAGUUUUGAAAAACUCUUUCCAGAUGUCCUUUUCCCAGCUGACUCUGAACACAAUAAGCUUAAAGCAAGUCAGGCAAGGGAUUUGCUAUCAAAAAUGCUGGUUAUAGAUGCUUCUAAAAGAAUCUCUGUGGAUGAAGCCCUGCAGCACCCAUACAUCAAUGUUUGGUAUGAUCCAUCAGAAGCAGAAGCUCCUCCACCAAAGAUACCAGAUAAGCAGUUAGAUGAGAGGGAGCACACGAUAGAAGAAUGGAAAGAGUUGAUAUACAAGGAAGUCAUGGACCUGGAGGAGAGAACCAAGAAUGGAGUUAUACGUGGACAACCAGCCCCUUUAGCACAGGUGCAGCAAUGAUCAAUGGCUCUCAACAUCCAUCUUCAUCGUCAUCUGUCAAUGAUGUGUCUUCAAUGUCAACAGAUCCAACAUUGGCCUCUGAUACAGACAGCAGUCUAGAAACCUCAGCUGGACCUCUGGGUUGCUGUAGAUGACUACUUGGUCUUUUUGGGGGCGGGAGGGGGGUCCUUUUAGUCAUUAAUAGGGCACCUUUAAAAUUUGGUGGUAUUUUUGAGUGUUUCUUCAAAAAUAAUGGUAGAAUUCAUCAUAAAGUGCUGUAAUUUUAAACUGUAAGUUGUGUUAAAGCAGCCACUUUUUUGCUGUAAUUAACUGUAAAAUAUUAAACCUGAUAAUUUUUAUUGUGGUUUUAAAAUCUGCAUAUUUGCUUUACUAUUAUGCUGCUGAUCUUUUUUUACUGAAUUUGUAAGAUUUGUUUUAUCAAAGCACAUAUUAAUGUUGUGGUCAUUACCAUAUAAUGAAUUAUUUAAGAUUUUAUAGGGUUUCAAUUUUUUAAUUAGAAUUUAUUCCUGAUGUUUUGUUCAUGAUAUCCUUCAAGUUUUAUGCUUGGUCGCAUGUUCAUGUCCAGGUGGAGUGGGGAGAGAAUGCAGUGCAGCCACCUGUAGUUUUGGGCAUACUACUGUGGUGCUGGCAGUGAAUAAAAUCCUCUUUUAUUUUGGUCACUUGCCUACACUACUUCAGCAGAGGCAACAAGUAGUGAAUUUUUUUAGAGAAACAGUAAACAAUCCUUUGCAAAGUAACCUCAUCUGAGUGGUUUUAUGAUCUUAAGAAAGCAAAGCAUAUCUUCAAAGCUGCAGAAAUAUCUAGCCUAACUGAGUAAUGUGAUGUUUUCUGCAGAUUUGUGGCAUGCCAAAUCUUGUGAUCACCAUAAAACAUGAGGAUACUUCAUGAAUAAUACAUUGCAAUGCAAAUAAACUGUUUACUUUUAGCUUGUAGCCUGUUUUUGUACACACAAAAUGAAGUUCAUCCAGGAUGUCUAGACUACCAACAGGGAAAAUGAAUAUGCUGAAGCUAUACUUUCAUAUAACAUGUGAGUCUUGGGAGUUUUGUUUCUUACUGGUUUUGUCUACGAAGGUGAGUGCUUUUGGGGUAGAAGAGGGAAUGACAUGAAUGCAAUAGGGGCAAAACUUCAGCUAUUCUUUCUCCACCAGAAGUAACUGAUUGCUAAAGACCAUUAAGUGGUAGGAGAACCUCAGGAUUUCUGUAAUUAAUGCAUUAAGUGAGCAAUAUAUGCCAUCCAAAGGAGGGGGAAGUAGUGCUGUAUAAAUUAAUAUUAAUCUCUUUCAUUUCACCAUGAGACCAGUGUAGCAGAAAUCUUUAUAAUGGUUCAUUUUAAGUCAUAAAUAUUCAAUAAUUUUCGAUGUUGAAGCUCCAGGUUUCAUUACACUUUAUAAACAAAAGAUAUAUUAAAAUGUAUACAACAGUUACUAAACAGUCAUGUAAAAUGGUGCUGCUCCUCACAGAAGUAUUUUAACUGUUUACAUUUUAUAUUUGCCGAAUGAUUUAUGUAUAACUGACUUAAGUUUAUCUAUGAGUUAAACAAUCAUUCAGAAUUUAUUCCUUUGGAAAAUGCAGAUUUUUAGUGAAGCUAGGCUGUAUAAUUGAUUGCCUUGUGUAGAUGCAUAUUUUGUGUGUGAAGAGGAAUUUAAAUUAGUAAUGCUCACAAAAAUGGGCAUAAAAAAAAACACAGAAGUUUUGCCAGGCACAGGAGUAUAAGCAAAUAAUACAACUGGCUACAGAGGUCAUCCAGAAAUGUCUAAUGCUUUUCAGUGUGGUCACUUCUGCUUGUUGGGUUAAAUAGGUAUCUUUUUAGAGUUCUAAUUGGAAGAGGAAAGUUUGUCUUUGCAGUUUCAGAAAAAUAGAAGUGGUAGUAAUGCUUUCAAUAUCUAACAUGUCUUUUUAAAAAACAUACAGGGUUACAAGGAAUGGUAGUGUGUCAGAGAUGACUAAAUUGAUAAACUGCACAGUUAUUUUCCUGGCCUGGCUAGACUGCUGGUAAGUGCUGUGUGCGUGUCAUUUUGCUUUCCUCACUUGUAUCUAAUAUUUCAAUAUUGCCUUUCUAAACCACAUUUGUUAAGGCAAUUAUUUUACAGGAUCCUGCCAAAUUGUUUGUUACCUCAGAAUAGGCAGGGCAUGUUUGGAUUCAUCUAGCACGGGAAUAUAGAAAACCUACUCAAGUUAACCAGAGAUCAACAGAACAGUCUAUUUUGUAAUUUUUUAUCAAAGUUUAAGCUGUGAAUUAAGCCAAAAAUUUUGGUCAUACAACAGUACUCCAUUGUCAUAUAGGAUCAAAUGAUAUUCUGGUCAACCCAGAGUAAUGAGUUUAAUACUGGCAAAAUCAACUUCUGAUGCCUGUGCUAUUAAGAAGAUAAUUUGGUAAAUAUUUGGUAACUAUUUCAAUAUGUUUUGGACCCCUCUGGAUUGAAGUGGUGAAUUAAAUAUUUUGAAACUUUAAAAUAAUUUUUGUUAGCACUUUCCAGUGUCCUAAAGAAAAAAUGCUUUUAAAAUUAAUAUUGAGUGAAACAUUUUCUAGGCUUUUACCACAGUAUGCUAUCAGUAGUAACUUAGUUCAUAAGCUCUAAGUAGAACUGAGCUUUUCUUCUUUUAGGGCAGGGUUGAUGAAUGGGUGGGACUGUCCACUGCAACAUACUGCAGUGGGAGUGAGCUGUGUUUAAAGGGGUUACUUUGGGGAGGUCAGAGCUUUGCCAGCGGGAACCUAGAGUUCCCUUUUGGUACCAUCUUCAUAGCAGUGUUGUUAUUUUGGUUGGUUGGUUUGUUUUCAGUUGCUUGCGUUUUGGGCAAAUUAAAGUGAGGGCAAAUUUCAAAGACAAGAACGUCAGAUUCAGUAACCAAGGUAUCACAACAACAUGCUAGUCAAGUUCCCUUUUUAUUAGUUGAAAUAUAAAUUUUUUUCAAAGGUAAUUGUAUGCUCCCACAGAUAGAAGACAAAUAGGCAGCUAAAGUUCAGCUGUCUUUGUCUAUUGUUAUGCUGUUAGCUCAUAUACUAUCUAAUACACUGUACAGUUUUAUUCUUAAAGUAUUAUUAAGCUUUAUUUUAGUUGGUUAUUUCAAAAUCUUCUCAUGACAACAGGCUUCACUAAAGUGCAUGCAGCUUUCCUCUUCUAGGGCCAUUCCAAUCCAUGGGAAGUUGGUAGGGACUGAAUUACAGUGUGCUCGCUGAUUUCUUAUGUCAGGUGAGGUUAAAAGUUGGACAAAAAUAAAGACAAGAUUAAUUUCCACCUUCUCUGGCCACAGCUGUGACAGUUAUCAAGGAUAAAAUAGCUCCUUCCCUUUCAUAGAAGUAGGUUCUUCAGGAUUUUGAAAUCGAAGUAGGGGUUGGGAAUUAGUACUGUUAGUGUUAGUGCAGCACCUCUGCUCUGUGGAGUCUUCGGUAAUGCAAGACAAGGGGGGUCAGAAUCGAAGUUUUUGUGUGUUAGUGUGUGUGAGAAGCUAGCCUGCCAGAGCAAUAUUAGAGCAGCCUGACUGACCAGGUCACCUCUAGUGCAUUCGUUCUGCUAAGCUGAAUAGACAUGGCACUUUUCCCUAUGGAGGUGCUGUGCAGCUUGGGUUUUUAGUUUAGAAGAACCUUGCUAUGCUAUAUGUAAGUCUCUUUCUGGAUAAGAGUUCCAGCUAGACACAAAGAUAGUGGUUGGGUCAGCCCCCUGCCAGCCCUGGGGUGUGGAUACAGGGGAGGAUGUGGUGAGUGUAUUUGGCGUGUGUGAGCCGACAGCACCCUCUGCUGCCUCAGUGCCCCAGGAAGUGGUAUGUUACUGAUGUGGGUUUGUUUUAUGGAAAAUUACUUCUGUGAACACAGGCUGUUUCAUUAGAGAGCAAAACUUAAGCACCUUGAUGGGUGUUUGCAUGAAUAUAACCCUCCUGCAUUCAUGUGUACAGCAUUCAUCUCAACAUUGCAUAAAGAAAAACGGUCAAAAAGCUAGAACAUGGGUAUAGUUCCUAUACAGCCAGUAAUCCAAAGUGUGAGACAUUAAAUGUUUCUUGAUUAUGGGGGAAAGGGGAGAAGACAGUUCAUCUCACACUUGGCUUUACUGCUGUUGCUAAAGUUGCUAAAGGAAGUGAAUUACUGUUUCUAGGUAUGUUUUUAUUUGCUGUUGACAGUAGCCUGUCAAUACUGUUACAUUUUAUUUUCCUAUCAGUGUUUUGGUUCUUCUGUAUUUAGUUUGAGGACUGGAGUUGAAGGAGAGCUGUCUGCAUUUUUCAGCAGGAUUAGAAAGAAGAUUUUAAUGGAGAAAUGUGAUAAUGCUUUACUGCCUUUCCAAAUUUUCAAUUCAUUUAAUUUAUUCUUAGUUAAGGGCACUGGAUAAAAGUGGUAUUUGAAGUGAUCUCUUUCACAUCCUUCUCUUCUUUAGAUAUCUCUGCAUUACAGAAAUAUGUUAUGAAUCGGAUCACAUUGUGUUUCUACUUCUGCAGUUAAAAUUCUAAGCUAGGUUUUCUUGAACUACCUCACACAAACUUUCUAUGUUUUUUUAAGUAAGUAAAGCUAUCCCUUACUAUUGGAACUACACUGAAUGUGAAUAGAAAAAUACACUUCCUUUAGAAAAAUAAACCUAGUGGCCAAUGUUGAGACAAUAUCAGUAAGUAUGUUUCUUAAGUAUUUCACGUAAGAUGUUCAUGUGUAAUAUAUAGCUUGUGUACAGUAAUCUACAUCUAGAAUAUUGUGUUAGCUGUAAAUUGGUGAUUUUAUUAUUGUAGUCUGGUUUUGUAGGUAAAAAUAGCUUACUAGUAAUGUCAGCUCAUCCUUUACAUUUUACAAAAGGAAUAAUUCUUGGUAAGCUUUGCAUACAGAUGAAUUACUUUUGUAGGCCCAAUAUCUAGUCUAUUUUUGAGAGUUGUUUAACUUUUAUUACUAAAGUUGGAAAAAACCUCCUAAUUAUUGUGAUCAUUCAUUCUGCCCCUUUUGAAGUAUAUUCUUAAUCUUAUUUUGUCCCAAGAAAUAUGAAGGGGAAGAUACACCAUUAAAAAUACUGGGGAAAACUGUAAUUUUCUUUCUUCCCCACAUUUGAUACCUUUUCCUGUUAUUCCUUUAUUCCCUCCAAAUAAGCUGUUGGUGGGGCAUUACUGAGAACAUUGUGGUUUUUUUAAUGAUUCAUGCCAUAGGUCAUUACAUGUGCACCACUGGAAUGUAUACAUUGUUAUCUGGUAUGUCAAUUGGUUAUAAUGAUAUUUUAAAUAAAAAAGGGGAAAAAAGUUUGACCACUA